CUGAAGCUCCGUUUCUUUCUCCCUCCCUCUCUUUCAUACACAGAAACUCAGCCAAAAAACCCUAGCCUAAACUGUAAGCCUACACUGUAAGCCUACACCACUGCCGCAAGGAGUGGCAUAGUGCCGCCGUCCGUCCAUCUAUCUAGCUUCCCUCGUGCUCCAAGUCUUCAACCCCUGUUCGCUGUUACCGAUCGCAGCUGCUUCCUCGAGCUCGGCGUCCGUCGUCUUUGUCUGUUCAGCCGCGCUUCCGCCGCCGUUUGUUUGCCGUUCACGUUCGCGUCUUCGUUCGCGUUCUUCGCUGUUCAAGUUUGCUCGGCGUUCAUCGUUCGCGUUCACUCGCCGUUCACCAUUCGGGUUCGCAUUCGCGUUCAUCUGGAAGCCACGUUGCUCUGCUUCAAACCCUGCGACCAACCCGCGCGCUCCACCUAGCCGUCGAACUGCUCUCUUUUGUCGCCGCCGUGAGUUGCCACCAGACAAUACACUCACACAACACGAAUAUUCUGCUUCAAACUCUGCAACUUCUUAUUUCUAUUACAAUAAGAAAUUCUUUGAGGUAUAUAAGAAUUAAGAAGGAAGACUAUUUCAACGGUAUUACUCUGUUGAUUCUGGUUUGCUACAAGCUUGAACAUAGAAUUGAAGAGAGAAACCCUUUAUUAUUUCAUCAUUGGCCUAUUUUUGGCAUUGCAUAUCAUUGUAGUUUGUUGUUCAUAGUAGUUGUUUAUGAUCCCCUUUUGGUAAAAAAAAAAGUAGUAGAAGAGUGUUUAGAACCAGUUGCUUUAUUCAUUAAAUUUUUAUAGAAUCAGGUGUUUAUUAUAAAACUGUUUUUCUGGUUGAAUGACGGUUGAACCGAUUAAACCAAUGAAUUAGUGAAUCAGUAACUAAAACGGUUUGAUGACCGGUCCGGUUUUUAGAACCUUGGUUCAGAUUCAUUCACUUAGGUUACGCCCAAAAUUAAAAAUCCCAAAACCCACCCACCUAAGGAGCUGUAGCCGCCGGCCAUACCCUUAGAGGCAGCAGGAGGAGGCAGGCCCGAUUGGCUCCGUUGGCCAGUUCAGAAGGUCGCCGUCGCCGGCGUUGGUGCAGCCUUUGUCCUUGGCCACGUCGCCCUUGUCGCCCGCUUUGCCGCCGUUUCCCGUGCUAUUGUCAUUGCCCGCUGCUGUUGCCGAUUUAUUCUUGGCAUCAUCGCUCUUCUCACCUGCGUUGCCUGUCGUCGCCGGAUUUGUUGACACUGACGUCUCUUGCUGUCGCUGCUCACUCCCCCACUUCCCUGUUCUUAACUCAGCAUCGUCUUCUUCAGAAUCUUGAGUACAAUAAAGUAGCAACAACAGCACUGCAGCAAUAAUCGAAGUCACAAUCUUCUCUGACACUAAAAUCACAAUCAAACUACUCAUUCCAUUCAGAUACAAGGCUCACACGUGCUCAUGGAUCUGAGUUCUCUUCUUCAAGCUCUUAUACCAUCAUGGAACUCAGCUUAUUUGCUUCUGGGCUUCUUUGCUUAUUUGGCAAUUGCGGGAUCCAUUGUGCUGGGAAAACUUGUUCCUGGGGUUGUUCUUGCUGAUGGAACUCGCCUUCAUUAUCGCUGUAAUGGUUUAGUCUUGCUUCUUCUGUUGGUUGCACUUCUUGGGAUUAGUGCCAAGAUGGAUUUUGUAUCUCCUACCGCUAUAUCUGAGAGAGGAUUUGAGCUGCUGUCCACAACAUUUAUCUUCAGUUUUCUUGUGACCCUGGCACUUUAUUUUGCGGGCUGCAAGUCACAAAGUAAAAGUUCAUCACUAAAACCUCAUACCACUGGAAACCUGAUACAUGAUUGGUGGUUUGGAAUACAACUGAAUCCUCAGUUUAUGGGUAUUGACCUCAAAUUUUUGUUUGUUAGAGCUGGAAUGAUGGGGUGGCUGCUUAUCAAUUUAUCCGUUCUUGCAAAGAGCAUUCAAGAUGGUACUUUGAGCAAAUCAAUGAUUCUCUUCCAGAUAUUCUGUGCAUUAUACAUCUUGGACUACUUUGUGCAUGAAGAGUACAUGACAUCAACCUGGGACAUAAUUGCAGAGAGGUUGGGCUUCAUGUUGGUCUUUGGAGAUUUAGUUUGGAUUCCUUUUACUUUUAGCAUUCAGGGCUGGUGGCUCUUAGCAAACGAGGUGGAGUUAACAACGACAACCAUUAUAGCUAAUUGCCUUGUCUUCCUGAUUGGAUCAAACUUUGCAGAUACAUGGUAUUUCGAGGAGCAAACAAGCAAAAACAUGUAUUCAAAAAGAAUCCAAAGGCCCCUAUUUGGGGUAAGCCUCCAAAAGUCAUUGGUGGAAAGUUACUUGCUUCUGGUUAUUGGGGUAUUGCUAGACAUUGUAAUUACCUAGGUGACUUACUUCUUGCUCUCUCCUUUAGCUUACCUUGUGGGAUAAGUUCACCAGUUCCAUACUUCUAUCCAAUAUAUCUUCUUAUUCUGUUGAUAUGGAGGGAGAGAAGGGAUGAAUCUCGUUGUGCGAAGAAGUAUAAAGAGAUAUGGACUGAGUAUCGAAAACUUGUUCCUUGGAGAAUAUUGCCAUAUGUGUAUUAGAAAGAAAAGAAGAAAAAGAAGUCUCCAUUGUAUUGGCUUUUCCAUUUUUGUAGAACUGAAACUAUUGAUAGAAGUUGCAUACUGUUUAUGAAGGAGUUUAUUAAUAAGAACCUGUGUUUGAUUUUAUGAAACUGAGAUGAAUAUUUUAGCAAAGUGGUCUCUUUUCUUUA